AUGUCCGGAAAAGGAGGUAAAGCUGGAGCCGCCGCUAAGGCAUCGCAAUCGAGAUCGGCCAAGGCUGGUUUGACUUUCCCCGUCGGUAGAGUGCACAGAUUGUUGAGAAGAGGAAACUACGCCCAGAGAGUUGGUUCUGGUGCCCCAGUGUACAUGACCGCUGUGUUGGAAUACUUGGCCGCUGAAAUCUUGGAAUUGGCCGGUAACGCUGCCAGAGACAACAAAAAGACCAGAAUCAUCCCCCGUCACUUGCAAUUGGCCAUCAGAAACGAUGACGAAUUGAACAAGCUGCUGGGCAACGUCACCAUCGCCCAAGGUGGUGUUUUGCCAAACAUCCACCAGAACUUGCUUCCAAAGAAAUCGGGCAAGCCAGAAAAGGCGUCGCAGGAACUAUGA